CUAUAGUUGAAGAAUCAAACACGGGCCUCAAUUUAAGGAGAGGCAGUCCAACUAAAAUUGGUAAAGAAAUCGAAAUCGAAAUCGAAAUCGAAAUCGAGAGUGUUGUAGAGAAAAGAAAAAAAUGAGUGUGAAGAAGGUGGACGCAGAUCCCUCAACCUUGGAGAAGGUGUUGGAAGACUUGAAAUCUGACGAAUCAAACCGUAACAAAAUCAAUUUCAUCCUCUUCCUCGCCAACAAUGAUCCCACCACCAACCGCAGCUGGUGUCCUGAUUGCGUUAGAGCUGAGCCUGUGAUAUACAAGACUCUAGAGGAAUCAGCGGAGGAAGUGAAUGUUAUCCGGGCUUACGCCGGAGAUAGGCCGACGUGGAGGAAUCCGAUGCAUCCGUGGAGAGUCGAUCCUCGAUUCAAGGUCACUGGAGUGCCAACACUUGUUCGCUGGGAUGGAGACAGUGUUAAGGGUCGUCUUGAGGAUCACCAGGCUCAUGUUCCUAACUUGAUUCGCCCUCUCCUUGCACCAUCCACUUAAUUCUAUAAGGGACUAUGGCUGGAUCCAUGAUCAGGUUUAUGAAUCGCUACUUUUCUCUGUUGGUUCCCAAUAAAGUUUGUGUGUUUUUGGUAUUGUUUCUUGCUUUUUCAAUGUAUCGUUGCAUACUCUUGCUUCUCGACUUAAUAAUAAUGGACUAUUCGGGUGUGCGUUGAAACACUCGUUUUUAUUUUC